GUGCAUGCAUGUGUGUGUGCGUAAUUAAUUACUCAGCCCCUGCGGUAAUUGAUUAGUGUGGGAGGUGUGAAGUGUGCAGGUUGAACGAACUCUUUUUUUGAGGGGACGAUGAACGGUUUUGACUGGUCUGGGUUGUGUGUGGUAAGUGGGUGAGUUAGCUGGCGACUAGCAUGCUCAAAGUAUAGUCCAGAGUACGGUACGGGAGUGUCCAAACAAGAGCGAGUGGAGAAUCGGAGCAAUUCCACACUAAUUCCCCAAUUGAGACGGGAUUGCCAGAGUGAGUGUGUGAGGGAACGAGGGAAAGAGGAAGAGAAGGAGGGAUGAAUCAUGAGUGAGGUGACUGACAUGUUUGACAUGUUCAUGGCGGAAGAAUCCUCGGAAAUGGAUUGGUGGCAGAUGGUGAAAAUGCAGGUCCUCUGGAUGGAGUGGAGAGUGGCGUUCUUGGAUCUUGGAGGCGUUUCAAGGUACGCCUAUCAGAGAUGAGAUGUCGUGUAUCGUGUAUCGAUACCCGUCGUCUGUCCUUUCUUUUCUUUUCUUGUGUGCAGAUUCUGUAACGUCUUUGUAACACGACGUCAGGGGAGGAAUCGCGGGAUGUUAUGAUGAUGAUUAUGGCCAUGACAGAUGGGUUUCGACGACAGAGUGUGUGAAGCAGAGCGUACAGAGUCCAGCAUACAAUAUACAGAACAUAGAACACAGAACACAGAGUGCCUGUCUGUGUCCUUCGCAGAUCGACACUCACGUAUCCCAUCCCAUCCCAUGUCUUGACGACCGAUGAAGAUUCGACGCCAGCAGGGGAAUCAUAUCCAUCUCCAUCUCCACCCCUAUCCAUAUCCCGGGGCGUAAUUACGGUCUGCUAAGCCCAUAAGCUGACUCUUUCAAGGUCAGAUAUUCACGACCUUCGUGCCAUUGACCAUCAGCCAUCAGCCAUUAGCCAUUAGCCAUUAAUCAUUAAUCAUUAAUCAUUGACCCCCUCUCUCUCUCGCCCUUCCGUGCUCUCUCGAUCUAAUCUCUCAGGGGUUCAAAGCAAGCAUUGCUGCACAUUUCUUUUUUUAAAUCCAACCUCAAACCUCCGAAAUCUACCUUUUCAUCCCAACACACACAUUGGUCUGCCGUCAGACUCUCUCUCUUUUCCAUCCUCAAUACGGACGUCGUGCUUCAUUCACUCGUCUCAUCGGAAGGAAUCUGGAAUCGAAAUCAAAACGAAGAACAGAUCCAGUUUUCUUUUCACACUCCUUCCUCGACCAUAUCAAAAUCCGUUUAAUCUACAACCUUACAUGACUCUCCCUCAUUGACUAAGAUCUUCUCCAGUUCUUUUCCAAGCUCCAAGAUUUCAUAACAGAGUCAAGAACCGGGUCAACUGACGAACCCGUUCACAUAUCGAGCCAUAUACUGCAUAUUAACCAGGUAUUUUGGGUAUACGAAGCAAAACUGAUUCACUUUGUCAAGUCCGUUCACUCGUUCACACCUUACACUCGCAUUAACGAAUCUGGACCUCCCUUUACAAACUCCCUCUACCCACAAUUUUUAAUACCCACAACGGCAUCCAUACACGCUGCUCUCCAAUCAUUCUAGACUCCUAUUUUGAGUCGACCCAACGUUCCAAGCCUUGAGGAAUUUCCACAAAACCGACAUCAUGGCCGAUGAUUUUGGGGGUCAUGACCCAUUAACUUCAUCAACUCUUCCUCACGACAAUCCCAAUCCAACUGUUAUACAUCCAAAUCCUGAGAAAGUUACUCCUAGUAGACAAAGCACAAUGAGGUCUAAGGGUGGAUUCGACGUACAUGCUAGUGGAGCGACGACUCCCAGUAGUUUCAAUAGGGCAAGCAGACAUGAUUUAAAUCUGGAUGAUUAUUUUGUCGGACCAAGAAAUAUGGAUGCGCAUUCCAAACUUCCAUAUUUUAUGCGCCUUCAUGGAUCCGUUAUUCCUCGAAUGAUAGUACCUCUUUUCUGGAUCGCAUGUUGGUCUACUUUAAUUACAUGUAUUUCUGAGUUUUCGGGUACGGAAUUGGCUGUGAAUACUCUACUUUUGACGGUUCUUGGUUUCGUCAUUUCUUUGGCAUUAAGUUUCAAGAGCACUACUGCUUAUGAACGUUAUUCCGAUGGACGUAAAGCAUGGGCAUCUCUCUCGGUCCAAUCCCGCAACUUAGCUCGAUUCAUCUGGGUCAACAUUCAAGAACGUGAAGGUGACAUGGGAAAAGAAGAUCUCCUCGCAAAAGUAACCGGUAUCAACCUCAUUCUCACCUUUGCUGUUGCUCUCAAGCAUAAACUUCGUUUCGAACCAUAUGCCCAUUAUGCCGAUAUCUCCGCUUUGACCCAUCAUCUCAAUACUUAUGCUCAAUCGGCCACUACUCCUGAAGCUCUUGUCGAGCAGAAGAGAACACCUUGGAAGCGUGCUGGUGAAUACCUCGGUCUCAGUUUCGCCGCUAGCAACCCCCGAAAAGCCAUCAAGAGAUCCAGCAAACCCGUUGGAAAUCUUCCCAAUGAAAUCCUCACCUACGUAAACUCCUACGUCGAAGGAACCAUCCGCAACGGCACUCUCGAUUCUCCCGUCGUCUUGGGUCAAAUUCUCGGUUGCGUCAACGCCCUCACCGAUUGUUCCGCUUCCGCAGAACGUGUUCUCCAAACUCCUCUCCCCAUCGGUUACAACAUUCUCAUUUCCCAAAUCGUCUACCUCUACGUCUACCUUCUCCCCUUCCAACUCUACGAUUCUCUCAGAUGGAUUACCAUCCCCGGAACCAUCGCCGCAGCAUAUAUCAUCGUCGGUCUCAUGGCCAUCGGAAACGAACUCGAAAACCCCUUCGGAAACGACGUCAACGAUCUCCCCCUCGAUCACUACUGCGCUGAGCUUGCCCGUGACUUCGACAUCCUCACAUCCAGCAAAGCACCUUCCUGGGAAGAAAUCAUCUACGGAAGGAAAGAACGCGUGACGGAAGAUACCGACGAAGAAUUGAUGCGCGAAAAUAAAGUUCUCUGGCCACUCAGCAACUCCGGUGUCCGAAUGUGGAGAAACAGAGAUGAGAAGGAAAUCCGCGACGCGUUGGCUGCGAAAGUCGUCGUGGCGGAUAGGAAGAGUCGAGAUGUGUUUACGAGUGCGGGAGAGGGAAGAGCAAGCACGGCAAGAGCGAGGAGUGGAAAGAGUGAUUUGAGUGGUGAUAGUGCGGAGAGCGCGGCUUAGUUGUCUGAAAGCUUGGUUGGAUGACGGGAAAGACAGGAGUGGGUGUGAGCGAAAACGAUGGAUUGUAAAGAUAUACGGAAUAGAAAAGCGCGGAUGGGAUGGGGUGGGGUGGGAUGGCAUAAAUUGUUAGUGAGCAAGAAGAAGAAGAAAAAAAGAAAGAAAAAAAAAAGUAGAUGAAUGCAGUUAGGAUGAGCGGAUCGGAAUAUUGAUAUCAUACCCCCUCUUAUGACAAUCAAAAGUCCAUGAUUGCUAUGCGCGAAAGGCAGAAAAUGGGUUGUUUGGAUGUAUACGUAUGUUUGGAUGUUUGGAUUGGAUGUAUGUUGGGAUGUGUGGAGCAUUCAUGGGCGUUUGUUUUUUUGGGAGGAGAAUAUUGGAGUUGAUUAAUGCAUGGAUUCA